AUAUCACCGGAAAACUCUAUAAUGGUAAGAACACAGUGUUGUCAGACCACUCAAUGUUUUAUCCCACAAUUACCCUUCCUAUCUAAAAGUUGACCUAACAAUGACAACACAAGGACUAUAUUGAUUGUUAGAUUUGUUAGAAGUUUGGCGUCCAUCGAAAAUCAUUGAGACAUCACUAGCUUUAUGUGAUGAUAAGCUUCGAUCUCGGGUCCAUAUACAUAAUUUUUUUUAUCAUACUGACGCGUACUGUGACUGUGACGCCUAUGCGCCCGAGGGUGAUAACCCUACUCAGACCUGAUAAUAUGUUAUGUCUCCCUGCUAAACAUUCCAUACUUUUUAUUACGCGGGUACGUUAAGGCAGGUUAUGAAAAUUUUUACUGGGAAACAAUGUGACGUCAUAAUUGAAAUAAGUAUAUCACUAAGUAUAUAUUAAAUUCCGAUUUUAUUUUUUUAUUUAAGUUUUAUUUAUGCAUAAAAUAAACCAUGCAGCUACUAAGAUCCAACAAAAUUCGAAAUGCUAUACUGCUGUUGUGUAAUUUCUGUCUGAUCGAUAUGAAAGUAAACUGAUGACGUCAUGACUAUGCAUCGAGUGACGUUGACACAUGCAAGGAAUUUGUUUAUAUGUGCCAUGCAAAUAUCGAAAAAAUGUAGAGUAUUUGAAAUAUAUGACAUGGGAUAUAUGGAAUAUAUAUGUGAAACGCUGAGAAUUUAUUGAUAUUAAGAAGGUAUGUUGAUAUCAUUCAUUGACAACUUUGUUUAACGGAGAAAACAUUUCAUUUAGCAUGUCGAUCCGAUUUUCCUCUGUCACAGACUGAAAUAAAACUGCAAAAGUAGCACAUUAGCCCGCAUACUUUUAGAGACUUUUUAUACACCGUUUGAAAGGUCAUAAACUAAUGUACACGGCAAUUACUGAUAGAAUCCUCUGUUAAGAAAACUUUUAAAGAAAACUACAUAGCAUCAUGCAAAAUGUAAAACAUGAGCUAGAUGGUAUCGUGUUUAAAUGUUCAAUAAUUAUUUCUUACUGAAAGUGGUAGGAUUCUAUCAGUAAUUCUGAUAUACUGUGGAUAUUUUACCGUCAUUAUCGCCAGUCAGACCAAUAUUUGAAUCUUGGGAUAAUGUGUUACUUUUGCAUUUUCUAUUAAGGUGCCCCCAUGGUCUAUUUAUAACAGUCAUGCAAUGACGUCAUACGGAAGCGCAUGUUUGUCAUGUUGUUAUGAUACAAAAUGUUCUCAUGUAAACAACCAAAAUAGUUUUUAAGAGUUAGUGGCACCCUCUCUCUAUGUAAGACACAUUUUAAAAACUAUGCAGUUUACGUGCAUAAAUGAAACAUGACCUGCCUUAACAUACCCGCGUAUCCUGAAGAAUCUGAACGUUAAAAAAAAUAUCAUACAUUUAUUGACUAAUACCAUGUAUCUUUUCAAUAGUUUUCGAGGGGUGAAAUCAAUGUUACCAUCAACUACAUAAAUUAAUUUGUUUUACACCAAUGCCAUACAUUUAUCAUCUUCGCUAGCCAAAGGUGACGAUACACGGCGUUCCUCUAUCCUCUGAAAGUGGAAUACCGUGUAUCGCCACCCUUGGCUAGCGAAGAUGUACAUUUAUUAGAUAUAUUAUAUGUUAACGAAAGCAAAACAUUGAGGUUUGAGGAAAUUAAACGAGAGAAAUCUUUCAAUGUGACGUCACAGUGAAUGACGCAAAAGCAUAACGUCAAACGUAAACAUUUCGUAAUGUAUUUCAAAAAAAGGACACAUCAAAUGAAAUGCAAAAUUGCAUUAGAAUGGAAAUAUUUUUCUUCCCGAUUGUUAUUUGUGACCGUUAAAGUUGACGCUGAAGUUUAUGAUUAACGAUCCGGUAUAUCUUCAAUUAUUUUUUAAUAGAACUUUCUCGCCAUCAUCUAGAAGUUAUCUUCUAAAGAGAGACAACACAGUUGUCACCCUGCGCGUGAGGGAGAUAUCACGAAUUAUAUCCCUCUACGUGACCAGCCCUCGAUCAAUGAAAUUGAAUAAUAUAUUAUUCUAAAAGAUAAUUAUGCACGUUAUAGCGCGAAUAAAAGACAUAAUAAUGCAGAUUUCAAAGACGUAGUAACGCGGAUUUAAAAGGCGUAAUAAUGUAUAACAAAGGCGUCAUAACGCGAAAGAAAGGUGCAAUACUGCGAACAAUGCAAAUUAACGAGAAUGAAAAGCGUAUUAACGCGAACCAAAGGCAUAAUAACGUGACGUAAGAAAGCAUUUGCUUUGUGUUAGUAUGCCUUUUCACUUCGAGUUAUUACGUUUUCUCUCUUUUUAAUACGUGUGCCUUUGUUUUGCAUUUUAACACCUUACAAAGUUUGUAUUGCAUUCAUUCGGAAAACUUCGGUACAUUCCGGUACUCUACGUCUAGCCUCGGAUAUAUGACGGUAAGUGAUAUGUAUACACGCCUAACAUCUGUAAUGCGUUCAUCAAUUUACUCUGGCAAAAAACCCCAAAAAACUGCCGCAUUCAGAUAGUAGUGAUUAAAAUAUUUUUUAUUGAAAUUAAAUUAUCGAAUUUUCCUUAAAAACUGCCCCCUAUUUCCAGAAAAAAAAACCCACCCAUAAAUCUCAAAGAGAAAUAGUUACAAACAUUGAGAGUGUCAUAAAAAAUAGCGUAAAAUAGACUGGUUUUUUUUCGCAGGAGUUGUCAGUAGUUCCAGUUGAUCAGUGACGUUUUGUAUGUUGUUAUACGUCACUGUAUACAUGUAUACGUUAUAUGGCGGAAAACAUCAUACAUUCGAGGUUAGAUGGAUUCGACCGAGGUGAUCGGAGUGGUUUUGCAUUCGCACACUUUUGUUUUGCAUUAUUACGCCUUUGUUCUUAGUUUAUUAAGUCUUUGCCUCGCGUUACUGUGCCUUUAUUUUGCAUAUUUUUUAUAACGCCUUUAUUCGCAUUAUCCACUUUUUUGGCACUCUGUUUUUGGCUAUGAUAGCUUUAAAACUUCAUUGUUAUUUCGGAUUUCAAACAUAUCGGUUAAGCAUCACUGAAGAGACAUUAUUUGUCGAAAAGUGCAUCUGGUGCAUCAAAAUUGGUACCGUAUAAGUUUUACAAUAUUGCGUAUUUAGAAUUUGUUUGAAAGUGAUCCUUCCUAAUCGCCUUUUGAAAUAUAAUGAACUCUUCUGAUUAAAAUUGACCCGAUGUGUCGUCUGUCUCUCGUCUGUAAACUGUUCACAUUUUCUAAUUACAUAUAUACCAAGAAUCACUAUAUAGAUAACGUUUAACAAACUUGACACAAACCAUCACUCAAAGAUUCAAGGUACACUGAAUUGAAAAUUCAAGGUUCGAGGUCAUUUUUAAAAUCUUUCCUAAAUCCGUUUGAUCAGAAAUGAUAGAAUUUGUGUGAUAAUUUCCAUAUGAAUUAUAGAUCAGUUUGCAUAAUUAUCCAUGUACAAGGCAAAUGUUUAAUCAUCGAAACCAUGUGCACCACAGUCAAGGUAGAAAAACAAUGACGAUGUAAAGUUUACAUAGAAAAAUUGUUAUUCAAAGACCACAACUUCUCUCUUUCUUUAUUGUACCAACCUAUACCUUGACACGAGACAUGUAAUGCCUGGUGCUUGGGGAAGGAGCAAUCACUACCUAUGGAAUUAAGCGUAUUAUUUUUAACCAGGCAUCGUGAUGGAGAACAGCACUCUGGAUUUCCAGAAUGCGAAGCGAGCGUCCAAGCCACUGCAACAGGGUACAUGGAAAAUGUUGUGUCUACUUGGUAUCGUCUUUAUUGCUGUGCCGUUGUCUGAUGGUCAAGCACAGUAUAGAAGUGCCCUGGUCGCAGCUAACACUGUUUCGGAGAAUAUCAACAAAGGGGCCUUUACCAGAGUAAUUCAAGAUGUGUCGAAGUCAAUAUCACCAUUCAUCAAUAUGUUUACAUCUGUUGUCAAACUUAUUUUUGGAAUAUCGGCUACGCCUACGGAAUCUCCAGAGCUUCAGUUCCUGCGACAUCUAUCUGACACAAUCAACAGAAGAUUUGACCAAGUAAAUACCGAUUUUCUGGACGUUACUAGACUCAUUCGAUGGUCUGCUGUUCAGGUAGCUUACUCUAGUUUAGAAGCCAAAAUCCACGUUGUAUCGGAACACUUCACUCGAUUAUUCCAAGUGCCGAAGUCUGGAUUUACAGAUCAGAAAAACCUGUUCAUCAAUAGUUAUGAAACUGAUUACAGUGACAGUGGUUCUAAACUAUUUGCAGGAUUCAUGUUCGACAAUGGGGCAUUUAGUCAGGGGAUGGUAAAGCCUGCAAUGCUUUACACCGAGAAUGACAGAAAGAAGAUGAGGAUAUUCAUGCUUGGUAUACUGAAGUUGAUUCUGGUUGCUGCAAAAGUAGAGCUGGGGUACAUGGCUAUAAAGGGACAGGAUGAUAUAAUUCCAUUUUACGCUCAUUUGUGGAAUGUGAGAAUGGAACAGAUUCAAAAUAAAAUGCAGGUCGUAGACCUCAAAUUGGAAAACAUUUACUAUAACCAGUCAUUAAAAGACAUCGACAAAUUUGUAAUUGAGAAUUCGAAUCUUGACAGUAAAAAUUAUAGUCAGAGUCUCUACGAUAAACUCUCAAAAAAGUAUUUUUGGCGAGACUGGCUUGUUGUUGUGUCAACUUCUCCUGGGCAUUCUCGUGUCUGUGAGGGAAUUACAAAAUCAGCCCAUGGAAAGUAUUUUGUAAUCGACAGUGUCAAGAAAGACAGACCGUCUUUGAACAGCAAUGCUAUUCAUCCUUUGUAUGCGUCGUUAAAUAAAACUUGUCAAAAUACAGCGCACUAUAUACCAUGUCAGACUGUUGAUCUCUGCUCAUAUCCUUACUAUAGUUGCAUUAGCCAUACCUGUUAUGAUUACCUCACUGGCUCUCGACCAUGCCGAAGAUUCCGACGUUGCGGAAGUUAUGAAAAUUCUAACAGUGCUGACAACAUCUUCGGUUGGUUCAACAAAAAUCUUAUAUCUUGCUCAACAUUUUCGUCCGUGGGAGUUAUUCCGACUGCUGGAACAUUUUACGCAAGUCCUGGAAAUGUAUCCAACAGAUUGUUUGUUGGUGAUUUAGGGUAUUGUGAAUACAACGUGCAUUUCUUUGGAUAGCUGUUAUAUCCGGGAUUGUCUGAUUCUGGCAAUGUUAGUAAAUGUUCUUUGAAUAAAAGUUAAACCAUUUUGCAA